UCUUAGUUGCACGGUCCGUAAAAUUUUCUCAACUUCUUAUUCCCUCUCAUAGUAACUACUUGAAUGUGGUGGCUGUGAGGGUGAAUAACAUUUCAUUUCUCUCAGUUUAUAUUCCUGAUCCACACCCUGCUAUGAUUCCUGAACUUUUGCAUAUCUUAUCAUCAGUUCCUUCCCCUUUAGUAAUACUUGGUGACUUUAAUGUUCACCAUACGUCUUGGGGUUCUCAUCAUUGUGACUCUGUUUCUCAUCAUUUUCUACAUCUAUUUGACUCUCUGAAUUUAUGUGUUCUUAAUGAUGGCUCCCCUACAAGACGUGUGUCUUUUUCACAGAAUCCUAGUAGCGCUGUGGAUAUUUCUGUUUCUUCUUCUUCACUUUCAUCUAGACUCUCGUGGCGUGUUCUUCCAUAUUCUUUUGGAAGUGACCAUUUUCCUGUCCUGUUAUCUUUCCCUGAUCCUGUGCCUUCUAUUUCUUUCUCUCCUAGAUUUAAAUACCAAACAGCAAAGGCUGACUGGCCUAUGUACAGUUUAUUGUUGGAUAAUGAAAUUGCUCGAAUUUAUGAUCAUGGUAACGAGGACGCUGCUGCUAGAUACAACAAAUUUAAGAAUGCGAUUAUCUUAGCAGCUAAUGGCUCUAUUCCACAAAAGAGACAGUGUCCUAGGAAAACUCCUUAUCCUCCGUGGUGGGACUCGGAAUGUUCUGAAGCUGUAGGAAAACGGAAAAGUGCAGAGCAAUUACUAACAUUAAAUUUUUCUAGGGAGAACUACGAUAAUUACUUAAAGAUUGCUGAUGAUUGUUCUAAAUUUCUCUUAGUUAAAAAACAAAAAGGAUGGCAAUCGUUCUGUGAAAGUCUUUCUCCGUCUACUUCGUCUUCCUCAGUAUGGAGAAAGUUGAACCGAUUUCGCGGUGCUUUUGCAUCCGAAUCAAAAGUGCAAUCAAACGAUCCUUCGGAGUGGGUCGAACCAUUUGCAGAUAAGCUUGCUCCUCCCUCGGUUCCUAUUCUGGAAGAAGUUUCACCUGUUCUCCCUUCUCUACAGUCCACUUCAAAUAAUCAAUUUGAUGAACCUUUUUCUUAUGAAGAAUUUUUGACGGCCAUUAGUCAUCUUAAGGACUCCUCUCCUGGUUACGUUUGGGUCAUGCGUGUUACCCGGUAUUAUUAUGUAAACGUCGUAUUAAGGAUACGUCGGUGUGUGAAUGUGGAUUGGAUGAGGGUAAUCUAGAUCACAUAUUUUUUGAAUGUAACAAAUUAACCUCUUCUUUGUACGAUUUGCUCCCUCCAUUUAUACCUCGCCCGACGAAUAUCACAUCUUUACUUCGAUUAGUCUUUACACCGUUCAUUUCCAUUUUAUGUCAUUUUAUCAGUCAUAAUAACAUUAAAUUAUAAUUAUACAUAUAUAUAUAUAUAUAUAUAUCCUAAUAACAAAACAGGAGAUAAUAGUUCUUCAUAAUUCCGUAUUUCUUAUUUAUAACUUGCUGUUGGCAUUCCUGUUAAUACCCGAAUAACUAAAAACGCCUCAACUGACUUUGGCAAAGGCCCUCGAGGCUGCCAUUCCCAAAAAAAAAAAAAAAAAA